AUGACAGACGAAUCGACGUAUUGUAUGUAUCAAGGUGUCAUAGCAGCAAUCAUAGCUGCGAUUGGAUUUGGAACUUUACAUGUGCCUAUCAGACGAUAUCCUACUGGUGAUGGUAAGCCAUUUCAUUCUUUAGCCCUAAAGCGGUUGAAAAUUUAUAUGUCAGUUGGGUGGAAUAUUUUAAUGUAUUUUACACUAAAAAUCUUCCACCAAUCUUCCGUUACUUAAAAAAAUGCCAAAACUUGUUUUACAAUACUUAAACCCUCAAAACCAUCCCUAAGCUUAUAUUAUUCUAGGCUUCUUCGUGCAAUGGGCAAUGAGUGUUGGAAUCCUAAUCACAGGUUUUGUUAUCAACGUGAUAGAAGACUUCCCAUCGUUCCAACCAUUAGCAGUUGUUGGUGGAAUAUUAUGGACAAUCGCCAACACAUUGUCACAGAAAGUAAUAAGUGGUCUUGGAUUGGCAGUGGCUCUAUUGUUGUGGAAUUCAACAAAUUGCUUGACUGGCUGGGCGACCGGUCGAUUCGGAUUGUUUGGUGUCAAAGCUAGAUUGCCGGAAAGCGAGAUUCUCAAUAUUAUGGGACUGGGUUUUGUUCUUAUGGGGUAAGUUACAGUAUUUUAAAUUGAUUAAUGUUGUAAAAGGACCAGUUUAAAAAGCGGAAGUUGAGUGCAAGAUUUGUAUUGCAAUUUGCACUGAAAAUCUUCCACUAACCUUUGCUUUUAAAAACUACUCUAAAUUACACAUAACUUGUAAUUAUCAUUUUCAGUGGUUUUGUAAUAGCAUUUGUGCGAAAAACCCCUCGAAUAACCGACCCGCUCAGUGGUUUAUCCGAUCGUAUCUCGCCACUGUCAUCUGACUGUUCCACGCCUUCCGGCUUCUAUCAUCACGGUCACGAUGCGAUAGAAACCGUCAACAAAACACCCCCAAGAUUCCGCCGAAAAUCCAAAUCACUACCCCUAAUUUUGCACCCGGAUUUUGCGUCUAGUACUACUAGUUCAAGUGGUACGAAGAUCAGUGCUGACAGAGUGAUAUGCAUAGUGCUGGCAUUAGUGGCUGGUGUAUUUUAUGGUGCUACAUUGUUACCAAUAUUUUAUAUCGAAGACCACCAUGAAGACUUCCCCAAUGCUCCUACACAUGGUCUGCCAUUUGUGUUUAGUGCCUAUUUUGGAGUGUUUAUUGGUUCUAGUACCAUUUUUGUAGGCUAUGCGUUGUUUCGGUAAGUUUUUUAAUUUUAUUUCAGCAAUUUAAACUUUUUUACUUUAUAAGCCUACAUAACAAUAAAAUAUUUAUCAACUUUCAUAUUUUCAGACGAAACAACCCGCACGUAAACCCAGAAAUAGUAUUGCCAUCAAUAGCUGGUGGUGUAAUUUGGGGUAUUGCUAUGGCCGCUAUGAUCAUGGCCAACGAUAUAUUGGGCCAAACAAUCACAUAUCCUAUUACUACAACUGUGCCUGGUGUGAUAGCUGCCUUAUGGAGCGUGUUUUACUUUAAGGAAAUUACGGUAAGCAUUAAAGUUACUAUAGUCUACUUUAAUUUACUUUAUACUAUCCUACCGUAGUUUAUCAUACGUUACACUAUCCUGACAUACUUUUUCCCACCCUACGCCCACCGGUCUUACCGUACCCUAGCCUAUCGAACAUUACUAUACCAUAAAUUAUUAUACUUUAAAGUAAACUAUGUUGGAUUGAUACAUUUAAUAGUGUUAAUCUUUUCAGACAAAACGAAACUACUCAUUUCUCUGCAUUGCCUUUGUACUGAUUUGUAUUGGAACAGCAUUGGUAGUACUGUCAAAAAUUCAACUUUAA